CUCCGCUGACCCCGCAGGUGGUCGCCCGGCCGGCCCUAUUUCUUCGCUUGUUCGGCCAGCGGCUCCGCUGGCCUUUCUGCCGCGGCGGUCGGGUUUGGUUUAGCAAGCUGCGUGGGCGACGGCGAACGACACGGCCGGCCGAUCAUGCCUGCCGCGGCGCGGUCGUCGUCGUGGACGUGGGCGUGCGGGUGCUGCGCGGGGAGGAGGAAGACCGGCGGCGGGGGCGAGGCGGGCGGCGGAGCGGGCGCGUCGGGGCGCGCGGAGGAGGGCGACGAGUGGAGCCUCUUCAUGGACCUGCCCGUGCUCGAGACCGCCACGGAUGGCUUCUCCGACGACAACCUCCUCGGCCGCGGCGGGUUCGGACCCGUCUACAAGGGGGUGCUGCAGGACGGCCAGCAGAUCGCCGUGAAGAAGCUGUCGCUGGGGUCACGGCAAGGCGUGCGCGAGUUCCUGAACGAGGUCCAGCUCCUGCUCAAGGUGCAGCACCGGAACCUGGUGUCUCUGCUUGGCUGCUGCGCUUCCUCCGGCCACAAGAUGCUCGUCUACCCCUACUUCCCCAAUGGCAGCCUCGACCAUAUCCUCUUCAAUAAGGAAAAAAGUGUGCAGCUAGAUUGGCCAAAACGAUACCAGAUAAUCAUUGGAUUAGCCAGAGGCCUUCUCUACCUCCACGAGGAAUCUCCGGUCAAAAUCAUACACAGAGACAUCAAGGCGAGCAACGUGCUCCUCGACGAGCAGCUGAGCCCAAAGAUUGCAGAUUUCGGCAUGGCGAGGCUCUUCCUGGAGGACGCGUCGCACGUGAACACACUCAGGAUCUCCGGCACAUAUGGUUACAUGGCUCCAGAGUACGCGAUGAACGGCUACCUGUCGACCAAGACUGACGUCUUCAGCUUCGGGAUCCUGGUGCUGGAGAUAGUGAGCGGACGCAAGAACUUCGCCCGGCAUGUGGACGACGAGAAGGUCGACCUCUUGAACUAUACAUGGAAGCUGUUCGAAGGAGGACGGGCCCUGGAGAUCGUGGACCCGUCCCUGUCCGACCCCGACACCGAGCAGACGCGGCUGUGCAUCCAGCUCGGCCUGCUGUGCUGCCAGGCCGUGGUGUCGGACCGGCCGGACAUGCACAGCGUGCACCUCAUCCUGUCGAGCGACUCCUUCACGCUGCCCAAGCCGGGGAAGCCGGCGAUCCACGGCCGGACGGGGCGGUGGAUGACGACGACGACGGCUUCAGGAUCGGCGUCGGCGUGGGCCACCGGUGCCUCCAACGCGAACACCACCAGCACGUUCGGCACGGACACGAACACGACGAGGGCCUCCGUGCUGGCCAAUAUCGCCGAGGACGAGUCCAGGAACUCCAUUUCCAUAUCCUUCACCACGGAAGGCAGGUGAAGACGAUUAGAGGAUGAGCAGGGGAAUAGGAUGGCGAGAUCAGAUGUGAACAAGAGUAGUGUUGUGAAGAGUGGCUUAAUUGGUAGCUAGUACUAGGUUGAUUUGUAGAAUUUCAUUCAUAUUCAGAGAGUGGUAAUUAGCUGCUUUACCGGUUAAAGUCUUUUUUCGAUAAACAUAUUCCCUCCCGAUCCAUACGCUGGAAAGUGAACAAACUCCACCCCAGUCCUCCAAAUACGUAUGCAUUGGAGGGGACUAAUGUGUAUGAAAAUAAGGCUAGCUGGGAAACCUUCACAUCUAUAAUUUGUCAGCUGCAAAUUGUUGCUGCUCUUAUUUCUUC